AUGGCGAAGAAGAAGAGUACGAAAGUGUUAGUGGAUACGACAAGCACUUCUGGAACGAAGGAAGCGUCAAGAUGCGGGAAUGUGGACCGCUUUAUGGAGAUCAGGAGACUCUUUACUGCAAUGCUGGAAAAGGGUACGACCUGGUACAGCCGGGAACGCGAGGGGAUCGUGACGAUCGAAAGGUUCCAGUCGGCACUGCUCGCCUUACGGGACGCUCAAGCGGUAGCUCAAAAUGGCAAGGAGGGAAAGGAGAAAUCAGUGCUGGCUGGACUGGCUGGCAAUGCGGGGAUGGAUCCGUGGCUGGCAGAGGAUUUGUACCAGCAGGUGCUGCAGCUGUCGGGUGGCUUCGAAGAGCUCUUGGUGGAGAUGUACGCGCUGCAAGCUCAGGCGAGAGACCUUGUAUUGGAAAGCUGUGGCGAUGACAGCCAAGUGCCAGUUGAACCGACUGCGUUGAGACCCGUGGACUACUUCCAAAUGAUGAAUCAGGAGCUGGCGACGUUCGAAGCAGAGUACCAGCACAUUGAAGCCCUGCUGCAUCUCAUUUCGUUCGAUAUAUCCACGGACGAGUUGCGCACUCUCGUCAUCUCGUGGAGUACCUCACCCUUCCUGGAUCCAGCACAGACUCGCAGCUUCCUUCAGCGACACCAACUCGCGCAGCAACUACAUGCAUAG